AUGCAGUGGCUGUGGGACUUGAUUUCGCUCUGUCCGACAGUCGUGUACCUGUCUGCAUUCUCUGUCGUUGUCUCCUUUUUCGCGCAGCUCCACUAUGCCAUCAACGUUGUCCCGCUGCCACUGCUGGACUGCUUGGUGGUGUGCAUCAACAUCGCGUGCUACUUUCUAGUCAUUGCUGUUGCAGUCUGCACAUACCUGCUUUGCGCGUAUCACCAUCUUCGGGCCUAUCUGUCAUGCAUUAUAGGCUUCCUUUACGUUACACUGGCCUGGUCGAUGCUUUACUAUGGCAUGAUGGUGUUGACCCAGCUGGCUGAGAUUUGUCGGAAAGACCCCCCAGUGAGGAUGCUCAUCACCAGAGUGGGCGUCGUUUCCGUGCUGUGCCCAGCGCUGUUUCUGGUCCGAGCAGUUUGCCUGCUUGGCUGGGGUAGUUCCAUGGCCCCUCCUUCCACCGGAGUGGAUUUGCUACUGGCUCUCUGCUCUGAGUGGCUACCCACAGCUGCGCGGACAAACUGCAUACAGACUGCCAGUUCCACAACGGACUUCCCAGAGGAGCUCACCGUUGAUUCCGAGUCGGAUCAAGACUCACCUGUAACUGAGGUGCUUGCAGGGCCUUCCGUUGGCCAGUUCCUUGCAGAAUUGGGUUGCAAUCUCGGAAAGCGGUCCUUGGCCUUGGAUGCGUCCACGGAGCGAGGUCGAGACCUCUGCAGGCGCCUAGCAACGUCAUCGGACAUUGUUAUUGCAUCCUACAAGCCCGGGGAUGAUGUAAAGCUUGGUCUGGACGCUGCGCAGCUUCGUGCCGAGGCGCCGCGACUUAUUUAUGCCCAGAUCACCGGCUACGGCCUUGACGACCCACGCACGGGCUACGAUGCCGUGAUCCAGGCUGAGUCGGGCUUUACUUACAUGAACGGACCCGCCGCCGACCAGGGUGGGGGCCCGACCAAAAUGCCUGUGGCCUUGGUGGACCUGCUUGCCGCGCACCAGCUGAAGGAGGCAAUUCUUCUGGCUCUGUUGAACCGUGAACGCUUCGGAGAAGGUGCGCAUGUGCAUGUUUCCCUGAUGGCAUCAGCCGUCGCAUCUUUGGCAAACCAGGCGACAGGCUACCUGAUCGCAGGAGAGGUGCCGCAGCGAAAGGGCUCGGAUCAUCCAUCGAUCUGUCCCUACGGGACACCUUUCUACGACAAGGCUGGUCAAGCGCUGAUAUUGGCAGUCGGAACGGACAGUCAAUUCACGGCCUUGUGCGAGGUGCUGCAACAUCCAGAGCUUGCUGCGGACCCACGAUAUCUUCGGAACCCUGAUCGGGUUCUGCAUCGGCAGGAGCUCCAUGACGCGCUUGGAGCAGCGAUUGCCAGCUGGCAUCGUGACGAGCUGCUGACGGCUCUGGCAGAGAGAAAGGUUCCUGCUGGAGCUGUUGCUGACAUGUCCAAAGUUUUUGACACCGAGCCAGCGCAGGCUCUCGUCGUUUGCGAUGAGCGCGGCAAUCCUGUGGGACUGCGUCAGGUGGCUUGGUUGGGCGAUCGACCUAGUCUUGGGUCGCCGCGGCGUCCUCCAGGCUUUGGCGAGCACACCGUGGAAAUUCUCACGAAGGCUGAUGCAGACCAUAGAGAUCCAUAA